UCCUUGCAUAUAUACCCUACUAGUCAUUAUAUACCGCCUAUACUUAAUUUUCACGACAUCAUGACUGUCACCGAUCUCGUCAACCACCCUGCCCAGGGCAUCUCCUACUUCACUCCCGCCCAGAACAUCCCCGCCGGUACCGCCGCCAACCCGCAAUCCAGCGGCAAGCCGGUCCCGAAGCUCUUCCACCCGCUCACCGUCCGCGGCGUCACCUUCCAGAACCGCCUUGGUCUCGCUCCUCUCUGCCAAUACUCCGCCCAAGAUGGCCACAUGACCCCCUACCACAUCGCCCACCUGGGCGGCAUCGCCCAGCGCGGUCCCGGUCUCAUGAUGAUCGAAGCCACCGCCGUGCAGGCCGAAGGCCGCAUCACCCCCCAGGACGUCGGUCUGUGGAAGGACUCGCAGAUCGGCCCCAUGCGCCAAGUUGUUGAAUUCGCCCACUCCCAGAACCAGAAGAUCGGUGUCCAGCUCGCCCACGCCGGUCGCAAGGCCAGCACCGUCGCCCCCUGGAUCUCCGCCACCGCCAUGGCCACUGAGGAGCUCGGCGGCUGGCCCGACCGGGUCAUCGGCCCCAGCGACAUCCCCUUCGCCGAUACUUUCCCCAAGCCGAAGGCUAUGACCAAGGACGACAUCGUUCAGUUCAAGAAUGACUGGGCUGCUGCUGUGAAGCGUGCCCUCGAGGUUGGCGUCGACUUUAUUGAAAUCCACGGUGCUCACGGUUACCUCAUCUCGUCUUUCUUGUCGCCCGCUGCCAACAACCGCACCGACGAGUACGGUGGUUCCUUCGAGAACCGUAUCCGUCUGCCUCUCGAGAUCGCCCAGAUCACUCGCGACAUCGUCGGCCCCAACGUGCCUGUCUUCCUCCGUGUCUCCGCUUCCGACUGGCUCGAGGAGACCCUCCCCGAGCAGAGCUGGGGUACCGAGGACACCGUCAAGUUCGCCAAGGCGCUGGCCGACCAGGGCGCGAUCGACCUGAUCGAUAUCAGCACCGGUGGUGUUCACGCCGCCCAGAAGGUCAAGUCCGGUCCGCUCUUCCAGGCUCCCUUCGCUGUGGCUGUGAAGCAGGCGGUCGGCGAUAAGCUCCUGGUGUCGGCUGUCGGUGCUAUCACCAAUGGCCGCCAGGCUAACGAUCUCCUUGAGAAGGAGGGUCUGGAUGUCGCCCUGGUGGGUCGUGGGUUCCAGAAGGACCCCGGCUUGACCUGGACUUUCGCCCAGCACCUCGACACUGAGAUCUCCAUGGCUAGCCAGAUCCGCUGGGGAUUCACUCGUCGCGGUGGUCGCGAGUACAUUGAUCCUAGCGUUUACAAGCCUUCAAUCUUUGAUGCUUAGACGAUGCAGAUAUAUAGCAGAGCGCUACUUUUAAUAGACUGUACAUAGAAUAGACAUGACAUGCAUCCGAUUCAACCA